GCUUAGCCGCACGCAGGUCACCUAUCUGGCCUUCCCCGGGGAGAUGCUGCUCCGCAUGCUGCGCAUGAUCAUCCUGCCGCUGGUGGUCUGCAGUCUGGUGUCGGGCGCCGCCUCUCUGGACGCCAGCUCUCUUGGGCGCCUGGGCGGCAUCGCCAUCGCCUACUUCGGCCUCACCACUCUGGGUGCCUCUGCGCUCGCCGUCGCUUUGGCGUUCAUCAUCAAGCCUGGGUCUGGCGCGGAGACCCUUAAGUCCAGCGACCUUGGGCUGGAGGAUUCGGGCUCCCCUCCGGUCCGCAAAGAGACAGUGGAUUCCUUCCUCGACCUGGCCAGAAACCUGUUUCCCUCAAAUCUUGUGGUUGCAACUUUUAAAACGUAUGCAACUGAUUAUAAAAUGGUCCCCCACGACAUGAGCAAUGGAAACAUAACCCUUGAAAAGAUCCCAUUUGGCACCGAGAUCGAAGGGAUGAACAUUCUGGGAUUGGUCCUUUUUGCCCUCGUGUUAGGAGUGGCCCUAAAGAAACUAGGCUCGGAAGGAGAAGAGCUCAUCCGUUUCUUCAAUGCCUUCAACGAGGCGACGAUGGUGCUGGUGUCGUGGAUUAUGUGGUAUGUACCAGUGGGCAUCAUGUUCCUGGUUGGAAGCAAGAUUGUGGAAAUGAAGGACAUUGUUGUGCUGGUGACCAGCCUUGGGAAAUAUAUCUUUACAUCUAUGUUGGGCCAUUUUAUUCAUGGAGGAAUUGUUCUGCCGCUUAUUUACUUUGUUUUCACACGAAAAAACCCAUUCAAGUUCCUCCUGGGCCUCCUCACACCAUUUGCGACAGCAUUUGCCACCUGCUCCAGCUCAGCAACCCUUCCCUCCAUGAUGAAGUGUAUCGAAGAAAACAACGGUGUAGACAAGCGGAUCAGCAGGUUCAUUCUCCCCAUCGGGGCCACCGUGAACAUGGACGGCGCGGCCAUCUUCCAGUGCGUGGCCACCGUGUUCAUCGCCCAGCUCAACAACAUCGAGCUGAAGGCAGGGCAGAUCUUCACGAUUCUAGUGACAGCCACGGCGUCCAGUGUUGGAGCGGCAGGCGUGCCGGCCGGAGGGGUCCUCACCAUCGCCAUUAUCCUGGAGGCCAUUGGGCUGCCCACUCGUGAUCUCUCUCUGAUCCUGGCUGUGGACUGGAUUGUGGACCGGACCACCACCGUGGUGAAUGUGGAGGGGGACGCCCUGGGCGCCGGCAUUCUCCACCACCUGAAUCAGAAGGCGAUGAAGAAAGGGGCGCAGGAACUGAGCGAGGUGAAAGUGGAAGCCAUCCCCAACUGCAAGUCAGAGGAGGAGACGUCACCGCUGGUGACACACCAGAACCCCGCGGGCGGCCCUGCUGCCAGCGCCGUGGAACUGGAAUCCAAGGAGUCGGUUCUGUGAUGGGGCUGGGCUUCCAGCUUGCCUGCCAUCGGUCCUGCCCACCCUGUCAGUCCAGCCACCGGACACCGGGCACCGCCCACCGCCCUCACCGACUUUAGCCUCCGGGCAAUGCGUUGGCCCAAUCACCGGUUUGAGGAUCACUUCUCAGCACAGGCAGUGGGCUUCCCAGCCAGAACUGCUUCCUGGGGACUAGGACACUGACAUUCAGCUUGAUCCCCGUCUAGAUGCAACCAUGUGCGCGCACCAGGGUCCGUCUGAAACACGCCAUCGAGCUGCCAGGCUGGGGGGAACAACAGGCUCGGUCAAAGCUUGGGAACAUGCAGAUGUGCCCUUCACUGCACCCAGUCACUGUGGUGGGUGCUUUCCAGGCAAAUUUAGGGGGUUUGCAGUCUUCUGUCACAUUGCCUUGCGAGCCUUAGUGAUUGGAAAAUUCCCAAAUUCUUCGCCUUGAAUGGAAUUCGCUGAGCUGGGACUCCGGGUGUUAGAGUUUGUGCUUACAAUUAGGUACAGCUGGCUUCUGGUUCAAGGGUUGUUGGUGGACUGGCGGUGCUGCACAUUGUCAAGUUAGAAAUACUCCAGAUGGUGGUAGGGCUGCUGGCUUCUCUGGUCAGAGGCAUUGAGUAAACUGUAAGUGCUGAGAUCAAAGAAAGGAGCAGGAAUGCAGCCUGCAGGGGAAAGGGAAGCAUCUUAACCACGACAGGAUGCACACACACACACACACAGGUUCCCAUUCUCCUCCCAGCCCUGGGGAAGUUUGCAGCUUCGUGACCUAGGCCUCUCACAACACUAUAGCUUCCUCGCCAUCCACUCUGCUGCAGGACCCUGGUUGGUUUCUCAAUCUACUAUUUUUUGUUGUGAAUCCUCCUGAGGGUCUAUCCCCCUCCCCCCCCCACCCCACUAAUUUUUUAGAGAAAGUGGAAGGGAGGGGGAGA